CAUAGCUUUGGUCUACUUCUUCAGCUUCUUUGUUCUCUCUCUCUCUCCCCCUCUCUCUCCAGUUAGACAUUAGAGUAGGGCUUCUUCUUCUUCUCCUUUCUCCUAACCACCGCCUCGCUCUCUCUUACAUCCCCGGAGGGUGUCUCUUUUAUCCUACGCAAAGUUCCUAAUAAACAAUUCAAUCCCACAUUUACCUCACACAAACUUACCCUAAUCCAAAACCGAAAAGAAAAAGCACCAACAGCAACGAGAUCCAACAAAGUUACGAGCUCCAUUGAAUCCCCCGUACGGCGUCAUUUGGAUCACCAGUGUUGGUGGUUACAGUGCGAUCCCAUUUAGGGUUUCGAUCAAUCAUUGCCAGAUCCCACGAAUCGAGACAAAAAUAAGGGUUAGGGUUUUCAUGCUUUGGCGAUUGACACUGCGAUGGCCAAUUCCGGCACCAAAUUCGUCUCUGUGAAUCUGAACAAAUCCUAUGGGCAGCAAUCUCACCACCUCCACAACAACCACUCCGCCUCCUUCGGAUCGGGCAGGACUAACCGUCCCUCCUCCGGCCACGGCGGCGCAGGCGGCGGAGGAGGCAUGGUGGUCCUCUCGAGGCCUCGCAGCUCGCACAAGGCAGGGCCUAAGCUCUCCGUCCCGCCCCCCUUGAACCUCCCUUCGCUUCGCAAGGAGCACGAGCGGUUCGAUUCGCUGGGAUCCGGCGUUGGUCCAGCCGGUGCUUCUGGUUCGGGAACCGGGUCCAGACCUGCCUCCUCCGGUUUGGGAUGGACCAAACCUGCUCCAAUCACCGCCGGGGAGAAAGAAGCGCCUGUGGAGCACGCGCUGGAUGGAUUCGACCAGGGAUUGAGGUCCGGCGAAGGGUUUGGCCGUGGUGGCAGCGUGUAUAUGCCGCCGGCUGCUCGAUCCGGUCCUGUGGGACCCACUGCCGCCCCUGUUUUGCCUCAGCCUACUGUGGAGAAGGCUGCCGUGCUGAGAGGGGAGGAUUUUCCUUCAUUGCGUGCUGCCACCUUGGUUUCAUCCACUUCUGGGCCGGCACAGAAGAGCAAGGAGAAGGAGAAUUCGAUUCAGAAGCUGAAGAAUUCAGGUGAUGAAAGUAAUGUAUCUGGUGAUCAGAGGAAGGACGAGUCAGUUGUUGAGCUUCAUCAGCAGCAGCGUCACUCUCAGUUCAGUAUUGCGCGAGGUGGUGGAAUUGGAAUUGGGGGUGAGUUUGGUGAGAGUGGAAAUGGAACUCGAGGUGGUUUUGGUGGUUCUCGAGGCAGUGCAGGGGAACAUGGGGGCCGGAAGCAGCAGGAUGAGUAUUUUCCUGGUCCGUUGCCCCUUGUUCGGUUGAAUCCGAGGUCUGAUUGGGCUGACGAUGAGCGAGACACGAGUCAUGGAUUCACAGAACGGAGCAGGGGAGAAGGAAGCAGGGAUCAUGGGCUUUCUUUGAAGAGUGAGGCUUAUUGGGAUUUUGAUAUGCCGAGGGUUGGCUUGUUGCCACAUAAUAAUAAACAUGGUUUUGACAAGAGGGGACAGCUAAGGGACAAUGAAGCUGGAAAGGUUUCCUCCAGUGAAGUUUCUAAGCUGGACCAUUAUGAUAGGAAUGGUGUUGGUGUUGGUGUGAGACCAUCAUCCAGUGGGAGUAGAAAUUUGGGGAAGGAUAACAAGUACGGUCCAUCCCCUUUCAGAGAUAAUGUUAAUGGUGAUUCUGGAAAGAGGGACAUGGGGUAUGGUCAGGGACAGGGAGGGAAGCCAUGGAGUAGUAACAUGACUGACUCAUAUGGUGACCGAAAUAAUAAUGCACAACAGUACAAUAGAAAUAGAGUUGAUUCUGUCCAGAGCUCAGUGUCGAAGUCUUCAUUUUCCUUGGGAGGUAAAGGGCUUCCGGUUAAUGAUCCUCUGCUCAAUUUCGGUAGAGAGAAACGUACAUUGCAGAAGUCUGAAAAGGCUUUCAUGGAGGAUCCAUUUGGAGCUUCUGGUUUUGAUGGUAGGGAUAUAUUCUCGUCUGGUCUUGUUGGGGUAGUGAAGAAGAAGAAGGAUAUGCUUAAGCAAACUGAUUUCCAUGAUCCUGUCAGGGAAUCAUUUGAGGCUGAGCUUGAAAGAGUUCAGAGGAUGCAAGAACAGGAGCGGCAGCGAGUAAUUGAAGAGCAAGAAAGGGCAUUAGAAUUGGCUCGCAGAGAAGAGGAGGAAAGAUUGAGGCAAGCUAGAGAACAGGAGGAGAGGCAGAGGAGAUUGGAAGAAGAAGCAAGAGAGGCAGCAUGGAGAGCAGAACAAGAAAGGGUUGAAGCUUUGCGGAAGGUAGAAGAGCAGAGGAUUGCAAGGGAAGAAGAGAAACAAAGGAUGAUUUUAGAAGAAGAGAGGAGGAAACAAGCUGCUAGACAAAAACUUCUAGAAUUGGAGCAAAGGAUUGCUAGGAGGCAGGCUGAAGCAUCAAAAGUUGGUAAUAGUUCUCAACUUGUAGAUGAUAAGAUGUCCGGGGUAGUGAACGAAAAAGAUGCAUCUAGAGCUACGGAUGUGGGUGAUUGGGAGGAUAGUGAACGAAUGGUUGACAGGAUAUUAACUUCGGCAUCUUCUGAUUCAUCAAGUGUGAAUAGGCCAUUGGAGACGGGCUCUAGACCUAAUUUCUCUAGAGAUGUUUCUUCUGCUUUUAUUGAUAGGGGAAAACCAGUUAAUUCAUGGAAGAGAGAUGCAUAUGAUAAUUGGGGUAGCUCAGCCUUCUAUUCACAGGACCAGGAGAAUGGUCACAACAGUCCUCGAAGGGAUCCAUCAAUUGGUGGAAAGGCAUUUAUGAGGAAAGAAUAUAAUGGUGGUGCCGGAUUUAUGUCAUCAAGGACUUAUUACAAAGGUGUUUCGGAGGCUCCUUUAGAUGAAUAUGCUCAUUUAAGAGGGCAGAGGUGGCAUCAAUCUGGAGAUGGCGAUCAUGUAGGCAGAAGUACAGAUAAUGAUUCGGAUUUUCAUGAAAGCUUUGUUGAAAGAUUUGGUGAAGGUUGGACACAGGGCCGUUCUCAUCCAUUUCCUCCAUACACUGAGCGUCCAUAUCACAAUUCAGAACCUGAGGGACCUUUUGCCUUGGGGAGGUCACGUUAUUCGGUCAGGCAGCCUCGUGUUCUUCCCCCACCUUCUUUAUCUUCUGUGCACAGACCUUACAGGAAUGGGAAUGAGUUUACUGGUCCUUCUGCUUUCCUGGAAAAUGAGAUUCGGUAUGAUCAGGCAGCCAGGACUGAGUCUACGCUGCCAACUGGUUAUGACAACGUGAAUCGUGGACAAACUGAGGUAGUUGAUGCCCUACAAGAGGCUACUGUGAAUGAGAACCAUAAAGGCGAUACCACAACAGGUUGUGAUUCUCAGUCUUCGCUCUCUGUUUCAAGCCCCCCAAGUUCUCCUACUCAUCUGUCUCAUGAUGACUUAGAUGAAUCUGGAGUUUCUCCUGGGAUAUUGACUGCUGAGGAAAGUAAAAAUGUGCUUUCUGCUCCAGAAAAUGAAUCAAAUGAAAUACCUACCAUAGCUGGAAACGAGAAUGUUGCCACUUCUUCUGCUGUCUCAAGUGGUGAUGAUGAUGAAUGGACUAAUGAGAAUAAUGAGCAGUUCCAGGAGCAAGAAGAAUAUGAUGAAGAUGAAGAUUAUCAGGAAGAAGAUGAAGUGCAUGAAGGAGAUGAUAAUGUCGACCUCAAUCAGGAAUUUGAAGAUAUGCAUUUGCAGGAGAAAGGAUUGCCCCACAUGAUGGAUAACCUAGUGUUAGGAUUUGAUGAUGGUGUCCAGGUUGGGAUGCCCAAUGAGGAGUUUGAAAGGACUUCUAAAAAUGAAGAACCCACAUUUAUGGGUCAACAGGCUGAUGGCAUUAAUCUUGAAGAACGUGCUUCUUUUGAUGAUGCAUCCAAUGAUGGCAAAGGCCUUCAAACUGUCAAUGAUUCCUCACAGGUGAAUCUUAAUAGUUCUUCUAGUUUGUUCCAUGAACCAGAGAAGCAAAAUCAAGAUUUUCUCAUUCAGCCUAGCAAUGCUCAUUCUUCUGUGGCAUCUGAGAGUCUAGGCAAUGUGGAAGCUUCUAAUGGCAUGUCUACUCAUCACAGUACAUCGACUUCAGUUCCUAUUGCCCCGCACUACUCGUCUUCAGGCCAGACUAUUAUUUCCAACGUAGCUGUUACUCCUAAUCAAGCAGACGUACCCAUUAAACUCCAGUUUGGCCUUUUCUCUGGUCCAUCUUUGAUACCCUCACCUGUACCUGCCAUACAGAUUGGUUCUAUACAGAUGCCGCUACACCUUCAUCCACAGGUUGGUACACCCAUUUCUCACAUGCACCCAUCACAGCCUCCUUUAUUUCAAUUUGGGCAGCUGAGGUAUACAUCUCCUAUAUCACAGGGGUUAAUGCCUCUGGGUCAUCAGUCAAUGUCGUUUGUUCAGCCUAAUAUUCCAUCCGGUUUCUCUUUUAAUCAUAAUCCGGGAGGUCGAAUGCAAGUUCAAACUGGUUCAGAAGCAUCCGAUUCUUUUAUUAAAGAUGGGAUCAGGCAGCAUUCUGUUGGCAGCCAACCAGGUAAUGCUAGGAGCUUACCACAAGGUUCCCAACCAAGUGAGAAUGCAGAAAAUAUGGCUGGAAUAAAGCAGGCUCAGAUUGGCACUCCCCAUGAUGGUACUGAUAGUGCUAGAACUGCUGCAGGUUUUCAGUUGGACAAGCAGGUGAGCCAAAAUGUUGUUAGAAAGAGCAGCAGUGCUUCAUCAAGUGCUAAAGAGUCAGAAGGUCUGCCUCUCUCCAGAGAUGCAUCAUUCCAUUCUCUUUCUAAAGAGAGGGAUUUUGUGGAGUCAAAAGCACAUUAUCCUCCAUCUGGUGGUAGGGGAAAGAGAUAUGUCUUUACAGUAAAAACUUCGGGAUCUAGAUCAUCAGGUCCAGCUCCAAGGGCCAGUCGCCCGGACGCCGGAGGAUAUAUGAGGAGGCCCCGGCGUAAUAUACAACGAACUGAAUUUCGAGUCCGCGAAAGUGCUGAUAAGAAACAAUCUUCUAGUUUGGUAUUGACUGAUCAGACUGGGUUGGAUAAUAAAUCAAAUAUCAAUGGGAAGGGAGCAGGCAUUUCUGGAAGGGCAGGACCUAGGAGGGCUUUCCUAAAUAAAUCUGGAAAGCAGUCAGUAGAAUCAGCUACUGAAAAUCUACAUGGAAUGGAUUCUGGAAGCCGAUUUGAGAAGGUUGAUGGGAAAGAUUCAACAAAGGCUCAGAGCUUCUCACAUUCUGGACAGAGUAAUCUCAAAAGGAACUUAUGUUCUGAGGAAGAUGUUGAUGCUCCAUUGCAAAGUGGAAUUAUACGGGUGUUUGAGCAACCUGGAAUUGAAGCUCCUAGUGAUGAGGAUGACUUCAUUGAAGUCAGGUCAAAGAGGCAAAUGCUAAAUGAUAGGCGAGAACAGAGAGAGAAAGAAAUCAAGGCCAAGUCUCGGGUUGCAAAGGUACCAAGAAAAUCUCGCUCCACCUCACAAAGUUCUAUGGCAAAUUCUAGCAAAGGACCCUUGCCUGUGGGAGAAGUGGCUAACAGUAUUCCCAGUGAUUUUGUCCCUGCUGAAGGGCGGGGAAUGACAAAUAUUGAUGUCUCAUCUGGAUUCAAUUCAAGCAUGCCAUCCCAGUCAUUAGCUCCUAUAGGCACACCUCCUUUGAAAAUUGAUGCACAGCCUGAUGUAAGGUCACAGUUAAACAGGUCACUGCAGACAAGUUUCCCAGUGGUUUCUGGUGGUGAAAAGGACCCUGGCCCUGGUGUGAUUUUUGAGAGUAAGAACAAGGUUCUUGAUAAUGUCCAGACAUCUUUGGGCUCUUGGGGCAAUGCACAAAUUAAUCAGCAGGUCAUGCCGCUUACACAGACUCAACUUGAUGAGGCUAUGAAACCUCAACAGUGUGAUUCACAGACUCCUGUUAGCAAUGUGACAGCUAUUGUUAAUGAAUCCAGCUUGCCAACAUCAUCCAUUUUGACAAAGGAGAACGCAUUUUCAUCUGCUGCCAGCCCCAUUAAUUCCUUGCUAGCUGGAGAAAAAAUUCAAUUUGGGGCAGUAACAUCUCCAACUAUUCUUCCUCCCAGCAGCCGUGCUGUGUCUCAUGGCAUUGGCCCUCCUCGUUCAUCUAGAUCAGACAUGCAAAUAUCCCACAAUCUUGCUGGAUCUGAUAAUGAUUGUAGUCUUUUCUUUGACAAAGAGAAACAUGGUGAUGAAUCUCAUGGCCAUUUAGAAGAUUGUGAAGCUGAAGCUGAAGCAGCUGCAUCGGCUGUUGCUGUUGCUGCUAUUAGUAGUGAUGAGAUUGUUGGAAAUGGGUUAGGUACUUGUUCUGUCACAGUUACAGACGGUAAAGGUUUUGUAGCUGCAGAUAUUGAUAGGGUAGCAGCAGUUGCUUUGGCAGGAGUAGGGGAGCAGCAAUCUGCUAGUCAAUCUAGAUCUGACGAGCCUCUAAGUGUUUCUCUUCCAGCAGACUUAUCUGUGGAGACUCCGCCCAUUUCGUUGUGGCCACCCCUGCCUAGUUCACAAAAUUCUUCUGGCCAAAUGAUCUCACAUUUUCCUUCCAUCCCUCCACAUUUUCCUUCCGGCCCUCCUUCUCAUUUUCCUUUCUAUGAAAUGAAUCCUAUGAUGGGUGGUCCUGUGUUUGCGUUUGGGCCACAUGAUGAGUCUGCAUCUACAACACAAUCACAGACUCAAAAAACCACAACAUCAGCAGCAUCAAGGUCGAUUGGGAGCUGGCAGCAGUGCCAUUCUGGUGUUGAAUCUUUUUACGGUCCUCCAACAGGAUUUACUGGGCCAUUUAUAACUCCUCCUGGAGGCAUCCCGGGAGUUCAGGGGCCCCCGCACAUGGUUGUUUAUAACCAUUUUGCACCUGUUGGACAAUUUGGUCAAGUUGGGUUGAGUUUCAUGGGAACCACGUAUAUACCAUCUGGAAAGCAGCCUGAUUGGAAACACAUUCCUACAUCCUCUGCCAUAGGACCUGGUGAAGGGGAUAUGAACAGUAUGAAUAUGGCAUCUUCACAGCGGAAUCCUGCUAACAUGCCAUCGCCAAUUCAACAUCUUGCUCCUGGAUCACCUCUUAUGCCAAUGGCUUCUCCUCUGGCUAUGUUUGAUGUUUCUCCUUUCCAGCCCUCUACUGACAUGUCUGUCCAAGCUCGAUGGCCUCAUGUUCCUAAUUCACCACUUUCAUCUAUUCCUUUGUCAAUGCCGAUGCAGCAACAAGAAGGGGUACAAACUACUCAAUUUAAUCAUGGACCUUCUGUUGAUCAGCCAUUAAAUAUCCAAAGGUUUACCAAUUCUAGGACUUCGACGCCUUCCGAAGGUGAUAGGAGUUUUCCCAGAGCAGCUGAUGUUAACCAAUUGCCAGAUGAACUUGGGUUAGUGGAUGCAUCAAACCCGACUGCUGCUAAGGCUGAACAGAAUGUUGUCAACAAGACUCCCUCGCUGAUCAACAUUGCGGAUGCCGGAGAGGUCAGUGCUCAGAAUGGCAAAGGCACCAACAGUAAUAACCAGGGUGCGAGUUAUGCUUUUAAGAGUCAGCCCUCGCAACAAAAUAUUUCUACUUUGCACUAUGACAAUUCUUCAGGACAUGGCCAUUAUCAAAGAGGUAGUGUUUCUCAGAGAAAUAGUUCUGGGGGCGAAUGGUCCCAUCGUAGAUACCAAGGAAGAAACCAAUCUAUGGGUACAACAGAUAAGAGCUUCCCUUCAUCAAAGGUGAAGCAAAUUUAUGUGGCUAAACAGACUAUUGGCGGGGCAUCGUCAACGUCAUGAUGGACAGAAAUUUAGGUGCUGGAUUUGCAAAAACUUGCAAUGCUUUAUAUUUUGGCUGAAACAAUAAAAAGAAAAGGUUUUGAUUAGCUUCUACUACUUUUGGGGUGCAGGGCAGGUUGAGUGUUAGGUUGAGACUUUUUUGCUGAUUACAUCAUUUUGUCUACGUGUAGUCCUGAAGAAGGUUGCCGAAGUGAUUGAUAUCACUUUUUGCUCACCUGGAUUAGUUAUUGGGAAUUAUAUCAUUUAGUAUGCUAGUGCUGCUUGCUUGAUGAGCUCAUUGUUGUUUUGGAAUGUAUCAAUCAAGCAUGGUCGAUCCUUUUAUUUUUCAUUUUUGAUGGCAUAAAACCAGGCAAAGAUUAUUUAUUGGUUGUGUAUUGAAAAAAUAGUUGUCAUCGUGUAUUCUUUCCAUUAUUAUUACAAGGGAAGUAUCAGUUUUGAGAA